AUGGUGAUUUUACAGAAGGAAGACCAGGCCGGCCACACCGUCUCCCAACGACUGCGCAAGCUCAAGCAGAUUCCCGCUGAGUUAAUUCCUCUCGCCGCCGUCGUUGGCUUCGCCAUCUUUGCUGCUGGUUACUCGAGUGUGCGAAAAUUCGUGGUCGACAAGAACCUCCGACUCGCCAGACAGGGACCUGGAGGCCGUGCUGUUGAUCACCAAGAUGAGCACCACUAA